AUGUAUAAUUUGAGCAAUUCUAAAAGACGUCCAGGACUAUGGUUGGACAACUUGCCAGCGCAUAUCAAUACGAAAAUUUUAGGCUAUUUGGAUUUACAGACAAGAUCACUGGCUCAACAAACCUGUCAAAUAUUCAAUCAUCUCGUCGACAAAAGUACAGAAAAACUUCAUCUGGACUCUUUUACUAUCAAACAAACCCCUUCUUCCCUGGAAAUCUUCACAAACCCAAAAGUUUUUGUGAAACAAAUUAUCAAAGCUAGCGAAGGAUAUAUUGUAGAGUAUAAUGGUGAUAUUACAUUAAAAAAGACGCCGUGCGACAAGUGGUUGACAGAGAAAAUGCACAAUAUUCUGAAGGGAAUUUCAUCAUUUCCCAAUUUAACAAUCAAAAAUCUCUAUUUUGUGCAAAACCGGGAUAAAGCCAACAUCCCGUGGCCGGAAAUUUCAUUCCAGAAUAUUCGGCCAUUGAAAGUGGAGAAUGUCUAUUUGGACUGCCGUCAUGAAGUACCAUAUCUCCAACUAGUUGAUCCAACAACUAUUCGAAAAAUCUAUAUAAAAAAUCGUUUCGAUGAAAUAUCCCGGACGGAUCAUUGGAAACAUGCGGAUGGAUUAGUGGUUUUGAAGUUACCAUUUUUUCUUCCGAGAGCAAUCAAUGAGGUGUUGAAGGAAUUCAACUUUGUCGUUAUUUAUGCACAGGAAGUAGUGGGAUCCAACUUUAUCAAAGCGUUUAAGAAGACACUGCGCCGUCGCCCCGACUUCCGCGAAUUCAAACUGCGUUGCCCAAUUUCUUAUGCCCUUCAUAAUGAAAUCCGCCAACAACUUGGUAUCCACACCCACAGACACCUCGGCGCCCCUACAGUAGACCAUUUUCCGAGUGACGACGAUAGACAGGUGUCCCUUACCGUAUCCAACGAUUUCAUUUGGUUCAAGGGACCAUCAUUUGUUCCUGGAGAGAGUGACGAGGCUAUUGAAGUGCCGGGGUACCCAAAGACUGUCUAUAAAAUGGAUUCCUAA